CAAACAAACCGAGCGGCAUAGCUUAUAGCGCGCGCUCUCCGAUUCUUCUCUCACUAUGCAUUUCCUACCGGACGUUCCAAUACCGUAGUAUCGCAAAGUUUUUCGCAAAUCUGCUCUAUAACUCUAGUCUAGUGUUUGAUUUCGCUCGGAGAGACGCAGUGGUGAUGAUGCCGUCGAGUCGGGUAAUUGAGAGACCGUCUAGGCAUAGAGGCCCGUAUAAACGGUAUCUAACUAAAACCCAAGUUGAUCCGAUACCAAGAACCAGUCAUUCGUUGAAGAGAUUCAAAGACAACAUUGUUGAUGACCAACAAGACCAGUUACUGCUGCAGCAGGAUGAUGAGGAAAGAGGAAGAGGUGGAAGAGAUGCAGAAUGUGGUGAAGCAGACAUUGAGAGUGCCAUUCUAUCCGAUUGUAACUCAGUACUGGUCAAUGAUGAGCAUGGUACAGAAAAAUUUGAGGAAGAUAUAAUUAUGUCUGAUGACGAAGACUCAAUAUGGUUAAAUUGUGGACGCUAUGUAGAGCAUGGUACAGGACAGUUUGAGGGAGAUAUUAUGUCCGACGAUGAAGACUUGAACUCAAUAUUGUCAACUGACAGUUAUGAAGAUGAUGUCAAUGAUGAAGGUGCCGAUCCUAAUCAUCAUGGAGGUGUACCACCUGAGGACAAUGAGCCACUUAUUCCAGGAUCAGAUGUGACAAAAUCACAGAGUCUGCUCUUAUUGUUAGCAUUCUCUUUGAAACAUUGUUUGUCGAAGGAAUGCAUGAAAGACCUCCUCGAUUUGCUGAAUACAUUUUUUCCUGGUGUAUUUCCAGCAUCAAAUUAUUUAUUUUUUAAGAACUUUACAGAUUACAAGGAAGUUGUCAAGAUCCAUUUUUAUUGUAGACGCUGCUUGGCCUACAUACAAGAGAAAGACCACUGUGCUGGUAUUACCUCAUGCCCAGAUUGUGGUGAAAGCUUCAUGCCUGAUGUGAAAAAGGGACACUUUUUUCUUUCAUUGUCUAUUAAACAGCAGAUAAAGCAUAUACUUGAAGUAGAAUCUCUGGGUGAAAACCUUAUUGACAGAAAUUUAAUUGAGGGAGAUGAUUUAAAAGAUGUCACUUUUGGGCAACAGUACAGACAGCUAUGUCAAAAUGCAAGAUUUGGACCAAACGAUUUGACCAUUCAAUGGAACUGUGACGGAGCACCAGUCUUUAAGUCAAGUGACUAUGCUAUAUGGCCUCUACAUUGCCUAAUAAAUGAGUUGCCUGCAAAACUUAGAACACAACAUAGGUUCUUAGCAACUUUGUGGUUUGGCAACUUAAAGCCAAGAGCGGAUACCUAUUUAAAAGCAUUCGUUGAUGAAAUGGAACAUCUUGGAGUGGAGGGUUUCACUUGGAGCGAUGGUAAUAUAAUGAAACGUUCCAGAGUGGUUACAGCUGUUUGCAUUGCAGAUACAAUUUGUAGACCAAUCAUAAGAAAUUGUGUACAAUUCAACGGAGAGUAUGGUUGUGAUUGGUGUUACCACCCAGGCUCUGUGACAAAAAGAGGGAGAGGGCAUACACGAGCAUACCAACAAGAAGUCCACGAGAUGAGAGACGCUGUUACUCAUCAAGAACAUUCUUUUCAGGCACUAGAUCGCAAUGAAAGGGUAUUUGGAGUAAAUGGACCCUCGCCGUUGAUGUUACUGCCAAAAUUUGACAUUAUUCUAGGAUUUGCACCAGACUACAUGCAUGCAGUUCUGCUAGGUGUGUAUAAACAGUUUGUGCAGUUGUGGAUGUCAUCAAAUAAUCAUCAAUCACCAUGGUACAUAGGAAAGAGCCUUGGGGUACUUGAUAGGCGUUUGUUAUCUAUCUGUCCACCAUCUGAAAUAACUAGACGCCCACGAUCAUUGCGGAUGCGGAAAUUUUACAAGGCCAAUGAAUGGAGAUCUUUUCUAUUGUAUUAUUCAAGUGUUAUCCUUGAAGGGGUACUGCCUACACAGUACAAACGGCACUGGGAUCUGCUUGUUGCUGCCAUGCACAGCCUUCUGCAAGAUAAUAUUAAAUAUGAAGAAAUAGAUAGGGCUGAGGCACAAAUCCAGCAGUUUACUAGAAAGGCAGUAGUGCUUUAUGGUCUAGAACACAUGACCUUCAACGUACAUCAAUUGGAGCACCUACCUGGUUGUGUGCGAAGAUGGGGACCGCUGUGGGCAACAUCCGGCUUUGUGUUUGAAGCACAAAAUGGUGUUCUCUUGAAGUUUUACAAAGGUACCCAAUAUGUUCCCCAGCAAAUAUAUGAUCAUUAUGUGUUGAAACAGAGUUUAAGGGAUGCAGAAUCAAAGAAAACAAUGCUAGGGGCAUCGCAGUCAGUUGAAAUGAUGUUUUCAAAGCUUACUACAAAUAAAAAGUUCCCUAGAGGUCAUGUGCACAUUACAAAGGAUGUUGUUGUCUGUGGUGUGGCGAAGUACAGGGAGCUUAGGCCAUCUGAGCAAUUAGCAAUUGAAACUCACCUAGGUAAAAUGGUAGGCAGAAAGAGAGUUCAGCUUUACAACAGGUUCAUUGUGAAUAACACUAUGUAUCAUUCCACAAGCUACAGUAGGGCAACAAAAUCCAUCAAUACUACAUUCCAAGAGAAAACCGGCACAUUAUGGGAGAUUAACUGUCUUGUGGCAUGGAAAGACUGUGAACAUGUUGGGUUCUGCAAUUGUCUGCAAAACAUAGUUGUUCUCGCAAAACAGUUGAAGCCGCUGUCAUCAUCAAACAGAAUCCAGGAGCGGUAUAUCAAGCUUGUAAAAAAACAUUUCAUCAGGGCUUUCGAUGCAAAGGACAUAAUCAGAAAGGCGGUCCAAAUGAAUGUGGCGGGGAAAAUGUAUGUAGCACCCUUGCCAAAUAAACUUGAAUGCGAUUAAAAAUAUUACAACGGAGGACAGGGCAAUUUUUGUUAUUCAACCUUCACCAGCAAGAGCAUUUCAACCUGUGUCAUCCGGACUUACCAAGCUUUCUGGGGUGUGACCAAGUCAAUACCAAUGUCCUCAAUGAGCAGAAGGUUUUCACCAGACACAGCAGGAAACAAAUCUUGAACAGAUAAGUACUUGAUGAUAUUUGUAAAUUUGACAAAUUGUGGCAAAGACAAACCAAACCAGUCACUCGUCACAAAUCCCGUUUCAGAUAUAAUUGCCAAAACAUGCUGGAAUGUCAAAAUUUAUGAAAUCUAUUUUAUCAUAUUAAACUAACCUUUAUGUUGAUUUGGUGAUGGUUUCUGCCAGAGAAAAAAAUCAUUACCUUUGUGGGCUGUUUUUUCAUAUAUUGUUCUUUUAACAGCUGUAUGUUAAACUCCUGUUACUUCAUAACGAAAUGUAGGAUUUAAAUUAUUCUUUUACCACUUUAUAGUGCUCAUUUUACUGUUUAACCCUGUAUUUGUGACGAGUGACUUGUUUGGCUUGUCUUUUCCACGAUUAGUACAUAAAGGUUUUGGGAGUGCACCUCAAUAAUCAAAUAUUCACUCAUGUUUUAAUAGGUGGUAAGGUGGCUGCUGGGUUCCGUUGAAUCCGCCACUGUGGAGAAUAUUUUGGAGAACAAGUUUGACUAUUGUACAGACUUGGUUAACGCUGACUGGCCAAAUAUAAAUGUAAAAAAGAAGCUUGUGUAUGUCAUCACCCACUCGUAAAGAUGCUCAAACAAACUCAAAUAGCAAAGUAGCAACAAUCAUUUUAAGCAUUUUGUUUAUUAACUGGUUCGUUUUGUUAAUGUGAGGUAUAUUCCUGUCUAAUUCGAUCAUCAUUUUAAGCCCUUGGAGGGAUUGGCGACAGUGCAUCCAUGAGAGUUCAUUCUAGGUAUUGAGUUAACAAUAAUUUUUAGAAUAGCUGUGCCUGGGUGUAUCUCUUAAGUUGAGUCCUUUAUAGGACUGGCCGAUAUGCACUAUACCAAAGCUCAUUUUUUAAUGCAUUAUCACGAAGCUAGGGCUUAUUUUGUAUUUUUUUCUAAUACUAUUACACCCCACAAGUGAUUAUAGGCUAUACGAUAGACUUUUGUUUGUAGCAACAAGCGACUGAGCAUGACAGCGGUCUACUAGUAAACAAUAAAAUCAGUUUUAUUGGAAAAUUAAUUUGUGUACAGUGGCUUUUACAUUUGUAAUUUGUUUGAUUAUGACCAUCUAUUUAAUUUUUCAGAUGUUUUGAUUAAUGGAGUUUGGAACAAGAUUGCAUAUUACGAUACCAACCAAAGAGUAU